AUGGCUGCUGGCACACGCUUAGGCCCUUCGUUGGACAAGCUUGUUGUCGAUAUUACAUUAUACAGGAUCAUGUUCGGUUCGUUACUUUACUUAACUACAAGUCGACCUGAUAUAAUGUUCGUUGUCUGUAAUUGUGCCAGUUAUCAAUCGAAUCCUAGAGAACCCCAUAUGACUAUUGUGAAGAACAUUUUUCGAUAUCUCAAAGGGACAAUUUCGUUGCGUUUAUGGUACGCUUCGAAGACUGGCUUCUUCAUUCAAGCAUUUUCGGAUGUCGGUCUUGGUGGUUGUAAACUCGACAAGAAAAGCACCUCUAGUGGAUGUCAAUUUUUAGACGGGAAGCUUGUUAGUUGGCAAUUGAAGAAACCAACAUGUGUUUCAAUUUCCACAGCAGAAGCAGAAUAUGUUGUUGAUGUAGAUUGCACUUCUCAAUCUAAACUUAUUUUUGCUCUUUCUUGGGGACAAGAAAGGUCUAAGCUUGUGGAGGCAUUAUGGAUCAUGGGGCAUUGGAGUUAUGGAGGUGAGUAUGGAGCUUGUAGCUUGGAUUAUGAAGAUUGGAGCAUUAGAGCAUGA